AUGGAAGUGCUCCAGUGGCCAGAGCCUGUCUCGCGCCCAACAACCUCACGACGCUCGUCAUGGUAUGAUGACCCGUCAGGCGAGGAGAACCUGACAAACGUCGCGAGCAUCGAGCCGACUCCUCCGGACGGUGGCUAUGGCUGGGUUGUCGCUGUCGGCUUGUUCCUGGUAAACACGCACACAUGGGGCAUCGCAUCUGCCUGGGCCGUCAUCAUGGCAUAUUAUCUCCGCAGCCACGACAUUGAGGGCUCCCAUCUUGAGUUUGGCAUCAUAGGGGGCCUUGCCAUCUCGCAGGCCCUCAUGAUCUCCCCGCUCGUGGGCACGGUGCGCAAGUAUCUCGGUUCACGGGCGACGUCACUUCUGGGAUCUGUUUUGAUCUUUGUGGCGUUGCUCACAUCGUCCUUUGCGACCCAGGUGUGGCACCUGUUCCUCAGCCAAGGGUUCUGCUUCGGCUGGGGCAUGGGUCUUUGCUAUGUCACCGCCUCACAGCUCCUGCCACCGUGGUUCACCAGGAAGAGGAGUCUUGCCGUUGGCCUGGCUACCUCGGGAACGGGCAUUGGCGGUCUCAUCUACAGUCUGGCUGCGCACGGCAUCCUGGAACAGUUGGGCAUAGAGUGGACGUGGCGUAUCCUCGCCUUUUGCUCCCUUGCCGGCAACGGCGUUGCUGCCAUGCUCAUGAGGGAAUGGGGAGGACGGUCGCACACCUUCCCGGAGGAAUUCAAGUUCAACCCAAGGGAUUUUGGACGCGUCGAGCUCCUCCUCAUCAUCGUCUGGGGCAUCUCGACCGAGCUGGGGUUUAUCAUCCUGCUGUACUCGCUGCCAGUCUACGCCAACUCCAUUGGUCUCAGCGCCCAGCAGGGCACUGUCGCCAACGCCCUCUUCAACGUCGGCUUGGCCGUCGGCCGACCUGUCCUGGGAUGGUUCAGCGAUGUCUUUGGCCGCAUCAACAUGGCGGGAUUGACGGCGUUGCUGACCUCCGUCUUUUGCUUCGCGCUGUGGAUGCCCUCUGCAUCCUACGCCCCGCUGCUUGUCUUCUCCCUCCUUGCAGGCUCGCUCUGCGGUACUUUCUGGGCGGCGGUCACACCGGUGCUUGCCGAGGUGGUUGGCAUCCGUAAGCUCACCAGCACAAUCGGCGUUGUCAUGAUCGCCAUGGUAGCACCAGCGACAUUUGCUGAGCCUAUUGCGUUCGCCAUGGCCGGGGAGACCACCUCUUUCACAUCGGCGCAGCUUUUCGUGAGCUUCAUGUUCUUGCUCGGCUCCCUGAGCGUGUGGUGCCUUCGAAGCUGGAAGAUCUUCUUUGACGCGGAGGCUGAGGCAUCAAGCGCCAGCGGCGUGCAGAGGACAUGCGGAAGCAGGCACAACUGCUGGUUCAGGUGGUUGACGCCACGGCUUUUGUUCAGCUUUGGAAGGGUCUGA